AUGGGGGUCUACAUGGUUAAAUCAAUGGCCACUUAUACGGAGAGGUUACCGGUGGUGUUUCUCAUUUCCCUUCUAGGGUUCGGCGUUGCCAUUUGGAAAUAUAAAUCAGCUGUCUCCAAUAACUGCACACCAAAGCCGACUUCCGACAAUGAAAGCCAAAAGACAUACCCGUCCAUCGAACCCCUCCCGGACUUUAACUGGGAGACUACUGAGCCACUGAAAUUCCGGCCCUUUAAGCCAAAGUACCACUUAACGAUGGCAUUAUCGAAUCUGGACCCCUCAACACUCAUCCAGAUGGACAAAACGUACAAAGACAGGCUAGCCAUUCGCUCCUCCUUGCUUCAAAAACAUCCCGACGUAGUCAUUGGGAUCAAUAGCGAGUCUGAUCCGCGAGUCUACGCUGCAAUCCGAGAGCUAUAUGUUUUUGUUGUCGGGACAUAUUUACCAACACGGUACCCUCAGAUGUUCCGCCUGACUUCCCAACCAAGCGAUGGCAACAGUAAGACAGGAACAGAGACUAAGACAAUACUCGAGAGUAUGGUCACAGGAUCAAAGAUUCCGUUACACUUCAAUGGAUCCGAACCCGGAUUCAGAACAGGGAGAAGAGAACUCGAGAUUCUGGGAACGUUAGUCGACGAGGAGUUUCUCAUUCUCCUCCCCGAAUCAUCGUCAACCCACCCCUCGAGCAACCAAGGAGAAUCCGAAAAGUACAUCCUGGAAGCAUAUACGACCUUCUUUCCUGCCGGCUUCGACACGCGUAAGAAACUCGGCCUCCGUCUCGCGUCCAUCCACACCCCGGUCCCGGGGUAUAAGGAGAAGCUUGAGCGCAGUAUGGACCGAUUCUUUGCGCGGAUCGAGGUCGGUCAGUUCGUGCAGAGGGUCAAUUGGAGUAUUACUACCGAUUCGGAACUGUUCGCUGCGUUUGGCGGCGUGCACGGGGAUGAGGGUGAAGGAGAGAAGACUUUAAAUCUUGGCGAAUUAGAGGUGGAUUCUACGGUUUUGAGUGGCUUACUGCAGUCUCUGCACGACCUUCAUCAGGUCGGCGGACACGCCCAUGGCAGUCACGUCACCGCCAGCACCGCUGCCCUGGACAACGAGGGGGUUGCCACCGUAACGCUUCGUGUAGAAGCUGAUGAUGUUGUCACUGCCCUUCAGACCAGCAAUGGAGCUAUCCUUGUCGAAGUACUGCAGGCCGACACGGACCUCCUUCUUACCCACAUCAACGCUACCAACGUAACGCACAACCUUACCUUCCUUCUCAGCAGCCUCCUUAAUAGCCGACAUCUGACCAUCGAACUCGGGCAAGCGAGUCAUGAACUCCUUGAUACCAUCAGCAUCAGGAGAUUGGACCUCCAGACCGGCGAUACGUGCCAGAAUAGUCAGCUUCCGGGCGACAUCCAUACCGUUCAGGUCAUCACGGGGAUCAGGCUCAGUAUAGCCAAGUUCCUUGGCCUUCGCAACGACCUCGCUCCACUUUGCGCCGGAUGGCCCAGAAACCGGGGCGAAGGUGUUGAACAGGAAGGACAGUGUGCCGGAGAAGACACCCUCGAUGCGAGUAACCUCAUCCCCGGUGCUAACGAGAUCGCGGAGGGUGGAGAUCACGGGGAGACCUGCACCGACGGUGCUCUCAUGGUAUACAAGGGCCUUGCCCUCUGCGGCGGCAGCAAAAAUGUCCUUCCACAGGGAGAGGUCGGAGGAGAAACCCUUCUUGUUGGGGGUAACGAUGGAGAUGCCCUUGCGGAGGAAAACGGGGUAGGAGCUGGCGAGGGUGAGGUCGCUGGUGUUGUCGACGAGAAUGGAGCGACCCGGGGCGGAGGAGAGGUAGGAGGCAAUUUCGUCGACGGAGAGAGCGCCCGAUUUGAUCAGGGAGGGGGUCUCAACGGCGGUUUUCCAGUCUGCAGCGGGGAUGGCGGGGGAGUAGGCCGGUGUCGGAGACUGGAGGGUUUGGCUGGAGCGGGCGAGGAGGACGAGCUUGGGAGCGUUGGGGAGACGGGCAAGUUGGCUCAGGAAGGAUGUGCCUACACCUCCGACUCCUGCGAUGCUAUUAGUACCCUUUGUUGUUGUUGUUGGUUGUAG